GUGGCGGAAUUGUCAUCCUCGACCAGUCCGGGAAUGGAAGCGGCGAAGGCGCGGUGGCGCACUUUCUGGAACCAAAGGGCGGCAACCGACUACAACGGAGCCUACUGCAUUCGCGCGACCUGGAAGAAGGCAUUCAUGGAGCAGCCCGUGGCACCACUGAACGAAUCGGCGGAGAGUGGAGUGCCUCUACAGCGGGCGAUGGGCGCUCGACUGGCGUACCUCGCCUGGCGGAGGACGCCGGGUAGCGGGGGCCACGGCCUGCCUAAGAUGUACCUGGCGCCCAAAGUGCUCUUUUUCAUCCAGCACUGCGUCUUUGGCUGCUCUCGCAUGGGAUCCUUGGGAACCGAUGUGCCGGACGAUGGCUGCGCGGUGCUGAUGCGCGACUGGGGAUCCAUCGCGGAAGCGAUUCCAUGCAGGCACGAAGAGAUUCCCUUGCCCCUGCAGCGAUGCCGCUACAUUUGACGGGAGAUAGACUGCGCAG